AUUUAUCAUUUGAUAUUCAAUAUUGCAAUUAUGUCCGCUCCUAUAGAAAAAACAUGUUACAUAAUAGCCAUCAUUUUAUGGAUCAAUUUGAUGGAUCAUAUCAUGGCAUUACCUCUCAGUAAUAAUAAUAAUAACAUUAUUUCGGUGACAUCACCUAAUGAUGAAUUAUUAGAAGAUGUUUUGGUUAAUGGAAAGCCUGUUCAACAGCACCCGACAUCUGAAGGCCAAAAGCCUACGAUAUUUCAGUUACCAAAAGAAUCACAACUACAACAAGAAAAUAGCAUUUACUCGCCUAUCGGUGCCAUUAAAAGCAGUAAUUCAGAUAUAUCUUCAAAUUCAGAUAUAAUGUUUGGUAAUAGUCAACAACAACCUCAACCUCAACUUCAACCUCAACCUCAACCUCAACCUCAACCUCAACCUCAACCUCAACCUCAACCUCAACCUCAACCUCAACCUCAACCUCAACCUCAACCUCAACCUCAACCUCAACCUCAACCUCAACCUCAACAACAACUAUCAAUCGGUGGAAUCAAUUUGAAUGCUGAUCACUAUAUAAGUCAAUUGGCUAACAAAGAGUGGGGUCCGUAUCACUUUACAUUAGGACCGUAUAAAUUUUCACCCAUAUAUGAAAAAAUCAAAAAUAUGAUUAAAAAUCUAUACCAACGUUUACCACCCGUGUCUAAAGUGUUAGGAUUUUUUUGUCAGAUCGCACAAACAGCCACAUCAUAUUUGCCAACAGCCGAUAGUCUAACAACACAAACAACAAACUUUAGCCCACAAUUAAACUCACAAUUAAACCAACAAAUUCAAUAUAAACCAGUGUUGGGUAGUAAUCCUGGACCGCCUAACGGCUAUUAUAAUCAUUUAAAUAAUAUGAUUCCUUCAUCCAAAUAAAUAUUACAUUUUUGUUUAAUUCAAAUAUAUUAUUCAU